UGCUGUCAGCCGUGUGCAGUUUGCUUUGAUUUGCUGGUGAAUGUACACUGUUUGACGGAUUUAUGUCUUUAAAAACAUACACAAUUUUAUAAGUCAAUAAUGGAUACGUUGUUUUUUACUGUGAACGGAGAGCGGUGUGUUUUGUCGGCAUCAGAAGUAACACCAGUGACAUCCCUCAAUGACUACCUGCGUGACCACCUCGGCCUUUUUGGCACCAAGGCCAUGUGUCAUGAAGGAGGCUGUGGCGCAUGCGUGGUCUCCGUGUCCACUACUCAUCCAGUCAGCAAGGAAAAAAGACAGCUAGCUGUUAAUUCUUGUUUAGUACACAUCCUUUCGUGUCACCAAUGGGACAUAACUACAAUUGAAGAUCUCGGAAAUCACAAAGAUGGGUACCAUCCCUUACAGAGGCGAUUAGCUGAGUACAAUGGUACGCAAUGUGGGUAUUGCACACCCGGGUGGAUCAUGACCAUGCACAGCCUUCAAAAAAGCUCAGGAGACAAUUUAAGCAAAACACAAAUAGAUAGAGCUUUCGGUGGUAAUAUGUGUAGAUGCACAGGAUAUAGACCAAUUUUGGAUGCUUUUAAAAGCUUCGCAAAACAAUCUGAAAAUGUCCAGGACCUAGAAGAUCUUCACAAAUUAAAUUGUAAAUCGACUUGUAAGAAUAAAUGUGAUGGCGAUUGGUGUUUUAUAGAAAUAGAUGUUAUAAAAGAACUGAAACUUGGGUUAAAUCGUUGGUUCAAGGUGUAUACUAUUGAUGAUAUUUUUAAGGUGAUAAAUAGAGAAGGUGGAGAUUAUCAACUGGUGGCGGGAAAUACUGGAAAAGGUGUUUAUCCGAAUACAAAGGAACCAAGAAUAUACAUUGAUAUAUCAUCUAUUGAUGCAUUACAAGAAUGUUCUGUUGACAACAAUUUGAUAAUCGGCGCUGGGAUGACCAUAACUGAAUUUAUAAGUGUUUGUGAUAGGAAAUCAAAAACGAACGAAGACUUUUUAUAUUUGAAGGAAUUUGUGAAGCAUUUGGAGCUGGUGGCACAUGUGCCUGUUAGAAAUAUUGGUACAAUUGGUGGAAAUUUAAUGUUGAAAAAUAAACAUCACGAUUUCCCGUCAGAUAUUUUUCUCCUGUUUGAGACAGUUGGAGGCUGUGUAACUUUAAUGAAUACAAAAAAGGAGAAUUCUGUUAAGAAUAUGAGGGAGUUUAUGACAAUGGAUAUGACAAAUAAAAUAAUCUUAAAUAUCAAACUACCUCCGUUAUCGUCGAAGAACCUAAUUCGGACUUACAAGAUAAUGCCUCGUGGCCAAAAUGCGCACGCCAUUGUAAACGCUGGUUUUUUGUUUCACAUAGACAAAGACAACAAAGUAAUAUCAUCAAACAUUGUUUUUGGUAAUAUCAGACCAGAUUUCAUUCAUGCAAAACAAACAGAGGAUUUCUUGAAAGGGAGAAAUAUAUUUAGUGAAGAUGUCCUAAAGAGUGCUUUGCAUACACUAGAAGGAGAAAUGUCCCCAAUAGAUAGCCCUCCUGAACCCUCGCCGUUUUGUAGGAAGGCUAUUGCUCUGGGGUUAUUUUAUAAGGCUAUAUUAUCUCUAAGUCCGUCAGUAAACCCUCGCUACAAAUCAGGAGGUGAUAUAUUAUCACGGUCAGUAUCUCAUGGAACCCAGACGUACGACACUGAUAACUCAUUGUGGCCCUUAAACCAGCCUGUCACGAAGCUGGAGGCUUUAGCACAGUGUUCCGGGGAGGCACGCUAUGUGAGUGACAGAUAUAAUUCACCUCGCGAUGUCCACGUUGCCUUCAUUUUGUCCACUAUAUGUCUUGGAGAAGUUGAGUCGUUUGAUGCUACUGAAGCGUUGAAGUUAUCAGGCGUCAUAGCGUUCUUUACCGCUAAAGACAUUCCUGGUAGAAAUUCCUUUACACCAACAGAAAUACCAUGGAUAUCCGUAAAUGAAGAAAUAUUACCAGCUAAAGAAAUAUCUUAUUAUGGUCAGCCAAUCGCAAUAAUAGUAGCAAAUAAUCACAAAACGGCGGUGAAAGCGGCUGGAAUUGUUAAAGUUACUUAUAAGACAUCGAACCAUCAGCCAAUCUUAAAUGUAAAAGAUGCUUUGGCAGCAGCAGAUAAAGAAAAUCGAAUCCGCGAGGAAUCAUCAAUAAAACCAAAAGAUAGAGGCACAGAUGACGUCCACACAAUAAAAGGAACAUACACAAUCCCGGAUCAAUAUCACUACACCAUGGAGACUCAGAGCUGUACAGUGAGCAACACACGUCGCGGCCUUGUCGUACGGUCGGCAACACAGUGGAUGGAUUUAGUACAAACAGCGGUUGCGAAGUCUUUAAACUUAUCCUUGAACAGCGUGACGGUAGAAGUGAGCAGAAUUGGUGGAGGUUAUGGGGGUAAGGCGUCGCGGUCCUCGCUCAUCGCUUGCGCCUGUGCCUUGGCCGCACACAAGCUAAACAGAACAGCCACGCUUGUGCUCCCUCUGACUCAUAAUAUGGCUGCGAUUGGGAAGCGACAAGCAUGUUAUGUGGAAUAUGAGGUAGCAACAAAUAGUGAAGGGUUAAUACAAUACGCAAAUCUAUCAUAUUAUUCUGACAAUGGUUGUAACUUUAAUGACACUGCUGCUGGUGCCAUCACAGAUGUCAUGUCGAACUUAUACGAUACUUCCCGGUGGGAUGUCAAAGGAUACAGCGUGCUUACUGAUAAAGCCAGUAAUACAUGGUGUAGGGCUCCAGGGACCACGGAAGGCGCAGCCAUCAUGGAGCAUAUUAUGGAGCGUAUUGCAUUCACAGUAAAAAAAGAUUCUUUCGACGUGAAACUUCUGCAUAUAAACAAUAAAGACGUAAACGACAUGAUUGAGACAUUCAAACUGGAAACUAAAUAUGAGGAACGUAAAGCUGAAAUUGCAGCGUAUAAUAUUGCUAAUGCUUGGACUAAGAAAUCUCUUAAGACAUCCCUUAUGUCGUUUCCUGUGCAAUAUGGUGUGAGUUACCCAGUAACAAUCUCAGUCUAUCAUGUCGAUGGCACUAUUCUAAUAUCCCACGGAGGUAUUGAAAUGGGACAAGGUAUCAAUACGAAGGUGGCUCAAGUCUGCGCAUACGCAUUAAAGGUACCUCUUAAUAUCGUCAAAGUAAAAAGCGCUGAUAGCUUUAUAUCCCCAAAUGCAAUUGCCAGUAGUGGUAGCGUCACCAGCGAAUGUGUAGCCUUCGCUACGGUAAAGGCUUGUAAGGAACUGCUGGAAAGGCUGGAACCAGUGAAGCAGGAGAUGAAUGAACCCACUUGGCCGGAAGUUGUAAAAGCCGCGUUUGAUAAAGGUAUCAAUCUCCAAGUAAGUGCAUUGAUGUCAAAUCUUGACUCGCUCAAAGGCUACUCAGUCAACGGCAUAUGUUCGGCGGAAGUUAUCAUGGAUGUACUGACGGGAACUCAUCAGAUUGUACGCGUAGACCUCACAGAAGAUACGGGACAGAGUCUGAGUCCCGCGUUGGACGUAGGACAGAUUGAAGGAGCCUUCAUCAUGGGCCUUGGUCUAUGGACAUCAGAGCGUCUAGUGUAUGCUCCAUCCGGUCGUCUCUUAACCGACCGAACCUGGAACUAUAAGCCUCCAGGGGCUCUAGAUAUACCAGUGGACUUCAGGGUCAAUUUUAAACGGAACUCGUAUAAUAAUAAUGGAGUUUUGAGGUCCAAAGCAACCGGCGAGCCAGCUUUAUUACUAUCAGUGGUCAUCACUCACGCCCUCCAAGAGAUUGUUAGUGAAGCAGUGAAGGAAUAUGGUACAGUGGAACCGAAUUGGAUACACGUUGAUACACCAUACUGCGUUGAUAAUAUACUCCAAGGAAUAUCUCCUAAUAUAAGGCGUUAUAAAUUAAACUAAUGCUUGUGUUGGA